AUGAGAAUUCGAGAUGAGGAGGACAUCUUCUGGAGUGUCUUCAGACGACGGCAUUCAGUUCCCCCAAAACAUGGUCCUACACAGAAAUCCCCUCCUAUUUCUACUAGUUUUUGGCAUAUCCAUCGUUUUGCAAGAUACUGUGUUCAUAAUGAGAAGAGUUGGUGUCGUGGACACAACAUCUGGGGAUGGUGUUUCCAUAACAAAAAAACCCCUCAACAAAAUUCCAGCGACGAUCCGUACUGCUACUCGCUUCUAACCGCCGAAGAGGACGGUGGCCCAACUACAGUAACCCGUGGGUGUCAUUCUCGAAAAAUGGUGAUGCAUUUCAUGUCGAAAAACGAGGACGAUCAAUUCCAAAAUAAUACGAAAUGGAGAGAAACAAAACGAAUGGCUGAGAUGCCGAGCUGUUCGGAGAUUCUUAAGGAUCAGCCAAAAGUCAAUGGAACCAGAAGUCUGUGUAUCGACUACACUUUCGAUCAGGACCCCGAAGAAGGAGAAGACGCUACCGAAGAGCCAAUUCGAAUGAAAGGGCGACUAUGCUGUUGUGAUGGAACCAAUAAAUGCAACGAGCAAGCAAUGUGGGCGGACGAAGGAAUCAGUUUGGAUGAGCUCAAAGAAGAAAUCGAGAAACGAAAAGUGGCGGUGGGCGGAGUCCCAAAUUACGAUGGAUUCCUCGUUUCUACCCUCUUAGUUUUUGUUGCUAUGGCUUUUUGA